AUUUAUUGUGAAUUAGGCACAAUUAGGCUACUAAUUCCAAGAAUCCUCUCAAAUACCGACAUCUUUGGUCCAAAAGACAAAACCAUGUUGUCUAUGGCAUAUGUGUGUACAUGAGAGAGAGAGAGGUUGCGCUUAUGGCCAUAUUGAUCUUCUUCCUCAUUAAUCAAUACCUAUGUUAGAGAGGGAAGAGAAGGGAAGAGAGAAACUUUUGGCCGUCAUCACGAUCUUCUUCCUCAUUUGAACCAACACUCUCAUGUCUUCUUCAACACUCCCAAACCCUCCCUCUCUCCAACCCAAAAUCUCAACUCACCAAAGCAAAACUCUCUUCCUCCUCCAACUCUGCAAAAGCACAAAUGAAGCUACCCAAGUCCAUGCCCAAUUAUUCAAAUCAGGCCAGAUUCUCCAGACAUUUCACGCAAGUAAAAUGGCUGAAUUUUACGCAAUUUCAAACCCCGGCAACAUUGCAUAUGCUGAGAAAAUUAUCAACCAUAUCAGAGAACCCAACACAUUCAUCUUGAACACCGUAAUAAGAGGACACCUAGAGAGAGAAAACCCAGAGAAAGCCAUGGACUUGUACCAUAAAAUGCUACCCUAUGGUCCCAAACCAGAUAACUACACCUUCACCUUCUUGCUCAAAGCCUGCACCCAACUAUCAAUAGCUUACUUUGGAGAACAACUCCAUUCAAACAUUGUGAAAUUUGGUCUCUGCUCUGAUCCUUUCAUCAGAAGUAAGCUAAUUCAUUUAUAUGCAAAUAGUGGGCGAGUUUUGGAUGCUCGUAAGGUGUUUGACGGUACCCAUCACUCGGAAUUGGAUAUAGUAUCAUGGAACAGCUUGUUAGAAGGUUAUGCUAUUUGUGGAGAGGGGGAAUUGGCACAAAGGUUAUUUGAUGAAAUGCCCAACAGAGAUGUAGUCUCUUGGAACACCAUGAUUGCACUUCACGUGGAAAAAUGUGAGUUCAAGGAGGCGCUAAGGCUGUUCAGGCUUAUGUUGGACGAUAGAGAAAGACCAAGUAGCAUCACACUGGUGAGCAUUUUGUCGGCUGUCUCUCACCUGGGGGCCAUCGACCAAGGACGAUGGGUCCAUGCAUACAUUGAAAAACAUGGAUAUAAGCUCGAUUCGAGUCUUGGUUCCUCGCUUAUUAACAUGUAUUCAAAGUGUGGGAAUGUGGAUUUGGCUAAUGCAGUUUUCGAGGGGAUGACCCAAAAGGGGGUCGACACAUGGAAUUCUAUGAUAUCCGGGCUAGCAAUGAAUGGACAUGGCCCAAAGGCUCUUAGACUUUUUGAAAACUUGGGGACCUCAGGAGUAAAGCCCAAUGCCAUAAGCUUUGCCUGUGUUUUAAAUGCAUGUAGCCAUGGAGGUUUAGUGGAAGAGGGGUGCAAGUACUUUGCAAUGAUGAGCCAAGAAUAUGGAAUCGAGCCAAAACGAGCCCAUUAUGGGUGCAUGGUAGAUCUCUUUGGUCGAGCUGGCAUGCUAGAGAAAGCCAAUGAGACUAUUAGAUCCAUGCCCACAGAACCUGAUGCACCCAUGUUGAAAGCCUUAAUUGCUGCAUCUAGAAUCCAUGGUGAUCUUGUGUUAGGAGAAAAUGCUGGGCUGCAACUCAUUGAAUUGGCUCCUUAUGAUAGUGCAGGCUAUGUGUUGCUAUCAAACAUAUAUGCAAUGGGAAACAAUUGGAACCGGGUGCAUUGGGUGAGGAAGAAGAUGAGAGGUAAAGGGAUAAAGAAAACGCCAGGUUGUAGCUCAAUUGAGAUAGAUGGGGUGGUCCACGAGUUUGUAGUGGGCGAUACCAAACACCUGAAGAAGAGAGAGAUUUACAAAAUGCUAGACGAGAUGAGUAAGAGAUUGAGAUCAGAGGGGUAUAAGCCUGAUACCAAAGAGGUUUUGCUUGACAUAGAAGAGGAAGAAGCUAAAGAGGCUUCUCUUGGCCAUCACAGUGAGAAGCUGGCAAUAGCUUUUGGGUUCAUUAGCACAAGGCCAGGCACUACCAUUAGGAUUGUGAAGAACCUAAGAGUGUGCGCUGAUUGUCACACAGCUUUGAAGCAUCUGUCAAAGCUAUAUGGUCGAGAUAUAACUGUGAGGGACUUAAAUCGAUUCCAUCAUUUCAUAGCUGGUUCAUGCUCUUGUCUGGACUAUUGGUGAUUUUUAGCAUGGGUUGUACAUU